UGACAUAUGUAUUCAUUCUCCCGACGAUUAUUAUAGACCAAAAGUUGUUGUCAAAAAAGUGCAUCUUAGUAAGUGUGUUAUUGUUAGAUUCAAUGGCCUGCCUAGCGGCUAUAAACCCCCUUUCAUACAUACUGAAAAGACAAUACGACGAUAAUGUUAACAUUAAAAAUAAGCUGUUCAAGGAACGUUUUGCUAAAGCAAGAAAUUUGUAUAGAAAAGAUCUUUUAGCACAUUAUGGGUGUGUUAAUGCAAUUGAAUUUUCGACAGAAGGUGAAUUAUUGGUUUCGGGUGGAGAUGAUAGAAGGGUGUUGUUAUGGUCAAUUUCCGACGCGAUCCACGGACGAGGCCUGCCGACUGCAAUGCAAACUACUCACAUAAGCAAUAUAUUUUGCCUGGCAUUUGAUUCACUUAAUACAAAAAUAUUUUCCGGAGGAAAUGAUGAUCAGGUCCUUGUGCAUGAUACGAAUUCUCUAAAUUUGGUCUCUAGAAUCUCGCAUAAAAAACCCGUUUACGGCAUGAGUAUAAACCCUCAGAACGACGAUAUACUCGCGACUGCCGGUGACGAUGGUAGAAUUUUGAUAUUCGAUCUUAGAGAACCAAAUAUUGAGGUGUGUCUGGCAAAACAAAAGACUGGCUUUCAUUCUGUGAUGUACAAUCCAACAAAUCCUAGACUUCUGGUAACAGCAAACGCCGAAGAGGGUAUCGCUUUGUGGGAUUCUAGAAAAUCGAAAGACAUGCUCAUCCAUUACGACUCAAAUGGUGGGAAAAUUAGUGGUAUAAGUGCCUGUUUUGAUCAAUCGGGAAAACGGUUACUAGCCUUACGUCGUCGUCUACCUCCUGUUUUAUAUAGCACCGAUAGUGAGAAUGCCAUUUGCCAAUUUUAUCAUCCUCAAUAUUAUAAUUCAUGUACCAUGAAAACUUGUUGUUUUGCUGGCGAUAACGACGAAUAUGUUUUAAGCGGAUCUGAUGAUUUCAACCUUUAUAUGUGGCAGAUUCCCUUAGAUGAUAGCGAAUGGGGUAAAUCUCAUAUUGUCCUAAAAAGUCACAGAUCUAUUGUUAAUCAAGUUAGAUAUAAUAAGCACAAUAAUUUAAUUGCCUCGUCAGGUGUAGAAAAAAUGAUAAAACUAUGGACUAGUAUACCUAUUGGUACAUGGAAGGGCUCUUUGUUGACAGAGGACCCAGAGACAUCUCGUCCCGUAUACACCCACGAGGAUUACGUACAAAUUGUUGGCGAAAGUGGAGAACGUAUUUCUCAUGAUUAUAGUGAUCAAUCAACUGGAGAAGAUUCCAAAAUGAUGGCGUUUUUCGAUUCAUUGAUUCAAAGAGAAAUCGAAGGUUGGGACUCGCCGUCGGAUUCUAUUUCUUCCGACACUGAUAGCGAUGAUCAGAGUCCAUAUUUAACUAAUUUAGUCAGCGAAAUAUAUCAAAACACUCACCAAGAUUGCGAAGAUCUAAAGAAGAAUUCAAAAUCAAACACAAUUGCUCAGUUAAUUUACAAAAAACGAUAUUCUCUAGCAAAAAUGGCCCACGAUAAAUCCAGGUCUGCCAUUAGAAGGUAUGUUUUAAAGGAAAAAACUAGAAACAAAACCAAAAAUUGUAAAGAUAAAUGCUCCAAAUCCACCAAGAAUGAUAAGAAGGCAAGGAAGAGGUCACAUUCUCCAGAAAAACAAUCUAAAAAACAGAAAUCAUUGGCAACAGAUAAAAAUGGUGGCCACAAAUAUUGCACUAGGCAAAGCGUGAAGGAUAUAUGGGAUAGUAGCGCUUCUAAUAAUUCAUUUGAUGCCCCUAGCACAAGUACUGGUAUAACUAGCUCAAGUCUUUCCACAUUUAGGCUAAUCGAACAGGAUUCGGAUGAUGAAGUUCCUUCAACUUAUCAUUGUGAAGAAACAGAAAAUGUGGAAGAAAAUAAUUUUAUAAACAUCCUUCCUACUCCCUUAAAUGGCACUCAUGAUAUGUUCAUUAACGUACUGGAAAGAAGUAGUUAUAACGGAAAUGUAGUAACUUUAAGGAAUGAACAAUAUAAUCAUGCUUCAACUUCAAACGGCAGCUUUUAUAGUUGCUCUAACGGAGUUGAAAACCUCUCUGAAGACUGCGCUUCUAGAUCUACUCGAUCGUAUUUAACAAAUCACUCUAGAUUAGAGCCUGCAUAUCAAACUGAUACUGAAAGCGAUAGCGAUUACGAAUUUGAGUAUUACACGCCGGUUAAGAAGAAACGCACUGUCAGCUCAUCCGACAGUGGUUGCCCAACAGGUCCAGGCAGUUCAAACUCAUACAAGAAAAAUAAAUCCCACCAGGAGUGUUCAGUACGAGGAUCUUUCAAUGAGAAUUGUUCCGAUGAUGAAUACAAUUACGAAAAAUUUAGGAAAAGAGUAAAAAAGGCCCGGGUUGACAUAAGAAAACAAAUUGGAGGAGAUUCUGAUUCUAAUUGAAUCAUUUUAAUUGGCAAUUUUUAACAUAUUUUAUAAUAUACAAUUUUAUUUAUAUUAUUAUUGUAUUUUUUUAAUAGCUCCAUCUUGUUUAGUUUUAUUAUAUAAUAAUUAUAAUUAUAUUUGUUUCAGUAUAAACCGUUUAUUCAUA